AUGGCAAUACUCUCAAAAUUGGUUAUUUCUACAAAAUUAGCUGCAAAUUGUGAAAAUAAUUUAUUACAAAUACAAACAGAUGUCAAACUAUCAUUGAUUUUCUCAAGUAAAGAUAAUAAUAGUACCUUAAACCCUUCUGCUAGUCCAUCACAUCCUUUAUCACCUAAUUUUAUUACUGCAUUGAAUAAACAUUCUUGUACUGUAUCUCUGGCUAUUAUAUUACUUCUCAAUUAUGUUAAAAAAGUAAUUGAUACUUCCAAUUCUUCCAUACUAAGUGCAAUAGAAGAUCUUAAUUUACAAGACUUGAAUGAUUAUAAUUUGGCUACAAUAAAUGAAUUCAAAGUUGCCAAACAAGCGUUAUAUAAUAAUAUAUCAAGUUUGAUUAUGUGUAUUCAAAUAGCUACUAUUUCAUCGUCUUUUCUAAGUACUAUAGAUCAAGUUUUAGUUUGUACAAACGUUAUAGAUAAAUCUGUUAAAGAUGUUAUGAUUGCUACAAAAUUUCUUGUUAAAGAAAAAGAUACCCUGAAGCAAAUGAGAGUUCAAGGAAUACGUUCAAGACAUUCAAGAUAUUUGAGACGUUUGAGCAAUAUUAAUUUAAUAUCAAAAAUACGUCUCUCAAAUAACUCUAAUCCUCUUGAUCAAAUUGAUGAGAAUGACACUGCAGAUAAUCAAUCUAUUUCAACUUCAAGGCAUUCUAACAAUGUUGAUUCAACAUCAAAAAUAUGUCUCUCAAAUAAUUCUAAUUCUCCUGAUCAAAUUGGUGAGAAUGACAUUGCAGAAGAUCAAUCAAUUUCAACUUUGAGAAGUUCUGGCAAUGUUGAUUUGAGAUCAAAAAUAUGUCCCUUAAACAAUUCUAAUUCUCUUGAUCAAAUUAAUUUGCAAGCUGUUCUUGAAGGUUGUGUUGAUGAUAGCUCAAUAAUUAUUGGUGAAGAUUUUAGCGCUGAUAAUCUAAUUUCACUUAUUCCAAGCAAGCAUUUAAUAGCAAGCAGGCUACGUUCUAAUAGUUCAGCAAUUGUUGCAUCUUUUAAUUCAUUUUCUUCAUCAACACGUAUAAACACUCCUUCAAUUACAAAUACAAACAGUACAGUAGAUCCUUCAGAAAUAGUAUUUCAUAUGGAAAAUUGUGUAAAAGGAGAAACUUUAAAUGCAUUGGCUGAAAGAUUAAUUAUGCAUGAUAUAUUAGAUUCCAAUUUUAUUGCAAUAUUUCUGUUGAUAUAUAGAUCUUUCUGUAUAACUGAUAACUUCUUUGAUAUGUUAAUUAAAAGAUUUAUGAUUCAACUACCUGAAAACUUAACCCAUAUAGAGUUAGAAAUUUGGCAAGAAAGAAAAUAA